GCAGCCGGAGCGGCGGAGCGGGAGCUGCCUGCGCCUGCCUGCCCCUGCCUUCCUGCCCCGCCAGGUGCCCGCAGCCCGGGCCAGCAGCUCCAGAGGCUGCGGCAGAGCCCACGGUCGGCGCUGUCGGGACAGCUAUUCAUACAGAGAGUUGAAAAUCCUGAAGAAUGGCUCUACCUACCUCCAAGUAUCUGGCUGGAAGUUUGGGGUUUUUUCUGUUUGCAGUCUCUUCAGUAAGCACAGCAGCAGCAGCUGUCACAUGUCCUGACAGAGAUCCUGAGUUAGAAGUCUGGAACCCAGGCCACGACGAGGAAAACUCCGUUGAGAUCGGCAGUAGCAGGAAGCUGCUCCUCUCUUCUUCUGCCACUGUCCACUCUAUCCACAUCACUGACGGAGGGAAACUGGUCAUCAAAGAUGAUGUGCAGCCCAUUAUCCUGCGUACAAGACAUAUACUCAUUGAAAAUGAUGGAGAGUUGCACAUUGGCAGUGAGCUGUGCCCUUACCAGGGCAAUGUGGUUAUCAUCUUAUAUGGGCGAGCGGAUGAUGGCAGCCAGCCAAACCCCUACUUUGGGCAGAAGUACCUUGGAGUCAGCAAAGGUGGCACUCUGGAGAUCCAUGGAAAGAAAAAGCUGUCCUGGACUUUCCUAAACAAGACUCUUCAUCCUGGUGGCAUGGAAGAAGGUGGCUAUUACUUCGAGAGGAGCUGGGGCCACCGGGGUGUCAUUGUCCACGUCAUUGACCCAAAGACGGGGGCAGUUGUCCACUCGGACCGGUUUGAUACCUACAGAGCAAAAGAGGAAAGUAUCCGCCUGGCUCACUAUUUGGGUAGAGUUGCAAAUGGCAUGAUCCUGUCGGUCGCAGUGAAUGAUGAAGGAUCCAGAAACUUGGAUGACUUGGCCAGGAAAGCAAUGACCAAGCUGGGCAGCAAGCAUUUCCUCCACCUUGGGUUUAGGCACCCAUGGAGUUUUAUUACCAUUAAAGGAAAUCCCUCCUCUUCUGUUGAAGAUCAUAUUGAAUAUCAAGGUCACAAAGGGUCAGCUGUGGCCAAAGUAUUUAAACUAUUCAAAGCUGAGAAUGGAGAACAUUUUAACGUCUCUUCAACGAGCGAGUGGGUUCAAGAUGUAGAAUGGACAGAGUGGUUUGAGAAGCCUGACAAGGCAAGAUCUAAGGACAUGGAGAAGCUGUCUGACUUCAAAGCUGCUCAUCCUGACAAAAUCUGCAGGCAGCCCAUUGACAUCCAGGCAGUGACACUUGAUGGAGCAGAUUUAACCACCGAGGUUUUCUACAAGGGCGGCCAUGAUUACCAAUUCCUGUGCCACGGCAAGCACCAGACAGGAGAGGGCUGCCACAACUACAGAGUGAGGUUCCUGUGUGGCAAAUCUGUGAAGCCAAAGCUCACGGUAACUGUUGACACCAACGUGAACAGCACGAUCCUGAAUCUGGUGGAUGAUGUGAGCUCCUGGGAGCCUGGGGACAGGCUGGUGGUGGCAAGCACUGACUACUCCAUGUACCAGGCAGAGGAGUUCCAGGUGCUGCCCUGCAGAACCUGCAGGCCCACCCAGGUCAAGGUAGCAGGGAAGGCCAGGUACCUGCACGUGGGGGAGGUGGUGGACGGUGUGGACAUGCGGGCCGAGGUGGGGCUGCUGAGCCGCAACGUGGCGGUGACGGGCGAGAUGGAGCCGCAGUGCUACGAGUACAGCAGCAAGCUCUGCUCCUUCUUCCCGUUCGACACCUUCGGGGGACACAUCAAGAUUGGUCUGGAUUUUAAGGCUACCCACAUUGAAGGUCUAGAACUGAAACACAUGGGCCAGCAGACAAUGGGGCAUUACCCAAUUCAUUUCCAUAUGGCUGGAGAUGUGGAUGAGAAAGGAGGCUACAACCCUCCAACAUACGUGAAGGAAACCUCCAUCCACAACACCUUCUCCCGCUGUGUCACAGUCCAUGGAUCCAAUGGUUUACUGGUGAAGGAUGUGGUGGGUUAUGACGCUCUGGGCCAUUGCUUUUUCACGGAGGAUGGACCAGAGGAGCGGAACACGUUUGAGCACUGCCUUGGGCUGCUGGUUAAAGCCAGCACGCUGCUCCCCUCCGACCGCGACAGCAGGAUGUGCAAGCUGAUCACGGAGGGAGCUUACCCAGGCUACAUCCCUAAGCCCAGGCAGGACUGCAGUGCUGUAUCCACCUUCUGGAUAGCCAACCCACACAACAACCUCAUAAACUGUGCAGCUGCUGGAUCUGAGGAAACAGGAUUUUGGUUUGUGCUGCACCACGUGCCGACAGGCCCCUCGGCAGGCAUGUACUCCCCUGGCUACUCCGAGCACAUGCCGAUGGGGAAAUUCUCCAACAACCGCGCGCAUUCCAACUACCGGGCUGGACUGAUCAUUGAUAAUGGCGUCAAAACCACCCCAGCCUCUGCCAAGGACAAAAGACCUAUCCUGACACUGAUUUCUGGGAGGUACAGCCCACACAAGGAUGCUGAUCCUUUGAAGCCCAGGGAGCCUGCAAUAAUCGAGCGCUUUAUUGCCUACAAGAAUCAGGACCACGGGGCCUGGCUGCGGGGUGGAGAUGUGUGGCUGGACGACUGCCAGUUUUCUGACAACGGCAUUGGGCUGACCCUGGCGAGCGGUGGGACCUUCCCUCACGAUGAUGGCUCGAAGCAGGAAAUCAAGAACAGCCUGUUUGUUGGCGAGAGCGGGAACCUGGGCACGGAGACGAUGGACAAUGAGAUCUGGGGGCCUGGAGGUCUGGAUCACAGGGGCAGGACGCUGCCCAUCGGCCCGGAUUUUCCCAUCCGAGGGAUCCAGUUCUACGACGGGCCCAUCAACGUGCAGAACUGCACGUUCCGCAAGUUCGCGGCGCUGGACGGGCGGCACACGAGCGCGCUCGCCUUCCGCCUCAACAACGCCUGGCAGAGCUGCCCCAACAACAACGUCACCAGCAUCCGCUUCCAGGACGUCCCCAUUACUUCAAGAGUCUUCUUUGGAGAACCUGGCCCGUGGUUCAAUGAUCUGGAUAUGGAUGGUGACAAAACAUCAGUUUUUCAUGAUGUGGAUGGUUCUGUGUCAGAAUACCCAGGCUCAUACCUGAUCAAGGAAGAUAACUGGCUAAUCAAACACCCUGACUGCAUCGAUGUGCCUGACUGGAGAGGCUCAAUCUGCAGCGGGCACUUUGCACAGAUAUACAUCCAAGCCUACAAGCCAGCCAACCUGAAAAUGAAAAUAAUAAAAAAUGAUUACCACAACCACCCACUCUACUUGGAAGGGGCUUUGAGCAAAAGCACUCAUUACCAGCAGUAUCAGCCAGUUAUAACUCUGAGGAAAGGCUACACCAUCCACUGGGACAAGACGGCCCCUGAAGAGCUGGCCAUAUGGCUCAUCAACUUCAACAAGAAUGACUGGAUCCAAGUAGGGUUUUGCUAUCCUAAAGGGACGACGUUUUCCAUUCUCUCAGACAUCCACAACCGUCUCUUGAAGAAAACAUACAAAACUGGGACCUUCUACAGAACCUCCCAAAUGGAGAAACUGGAGCACAGAUAUCCUACCAAAGGGUACUACUACUGGGAUGAGGACACUGGGCUGCUGUUCCUGAAACUCAAAGCUCAAAAUGAGAAGGAGAAAUUUGCUUUCUGCUCUGUAAAGGGCUGUGAACGAAUAAGAAUCAAAGCUGUGAUCCCAAAGACAGCUGGUGUCAGUGACUGUGAAGCCACAGCUUAUCCCAAGUACAUUGAGACACCAAUAGUGGAAGUGCCAAUGCCAAAGAAGCUCUCCAGUGCACAACUGAAGACCAAGGACCACCUAAUUGAAGUGAAAAUAGAAACUUACAAGAAGCAGUACUUCCACCUGAGGGAUGACUUUGCAUACAUUGAGGUCGAGGGUGUCAGGUUUUUCCUCACUGAAGAGGGCAUCCAGCUGGUUGUGAUUGAUGGACACCAUGGAAAAGUUGUUGAUCGAGUAACAUUCAAAAACUCCAUUCUUCAAGGAAUCCCAGCACAGAUAGAGAAUUAUGUCAACAACAUCAAAGAUCACUCCAUCGUGCUGAUGACAUCUAAAGGAAGAUUCAUUUCAAGAGGACCGUGGACUAAAGUACUGGAGAAACUUGGAGCAGGAGAGGGUUUUAGGUUAAAAGAGAAAAUGGCUUUUGUGGGCUUCAAGGGCAGCUUCCGCCCCGUCUGGGUGAAGCUGGUCACCAGCGAGGACUCAGCCAAAAUCUACCAAGCGCUGCCCAUUCCUGUGGUGAAGAAGAUGAAGCUGUGAGGACGCCCUGCUGUGCCUGCUGGCCGCCAGCACUGCCCCGUGGGACAGAUGGACAGACGGACGGACGGACUGCUGACAGCCUGUGCCGCCAGUGUAGCAUUUUGUUGUUGUUGUUGCUGUCACCAAGAAAUCUCACUGUAAGUAGCUAGAGUGUCACCUGUGCCAGGAAGGCUCCUUCCUUCCUUGCCCCGUGGCCAGUGAGCGCUGUGUGCUGACAGCCCAGCCUGGCUCCUGCCCUGCUGGCCGGACUGGCCGAGGGCUGAGCUGCUCCUCCAGGCGCUGCGUGAUCAGCUCCUGCCACACUCUGAUGCCAGUGCUGCCUCUUGAAGGGCUCUUGGUCUGAAGCUCUUGGUCUGAAGACCAUAAAGGAUUGUUGCUUCUACCAGCCUCUAAGUUGUCUGAAGACUUUUUCUCUUCCAUUGUGUUACUAGCUGCUCAUGCAGACGUGGUUGCCAGCUCAAAGACUGGUUGGCAGUCUGGGGUAGAAGGAGUGGAUCUGAGUGAUUUCCUGGAUGCUGGGACAGUAAGCACUUCUCCUAAAGCUUCUGUGGGGUUUGAUCAAGCUCUUUGGGGUGUGUGUUGUACAUGCAGCCCAUGGCACAUAGUUGGGGAAGAAAUGACAGAAGGAGUGGACAAAACAUGCCAGCAGAGACUGAUGGAACCACCUAUUUCUGCUUCCUCUGAAAACUGCAUUUUUCCUAUGGAUCAAGGAGUUUUAGUAGUGCUUGUGCAAAUAGGAAAUUUUCCAUCAACAAGCAGCUGCAGGCUAGAAGGAGAGCAAUGUCAAUUAGCACAUUAAUUUUCUCAGCCUUUCCCUCUGUAUAACAACAUUCAGGAUCAGUUUAUGGUUAAAGCCAUCCUAAUUCAAUUUUUGGCCGGGAAUACUGGGACUUACCUUAUUCAACAUCAAAGAGGGUCAGCUGCCCUUGCCUUUCCCAGGACAUCAGA